UCGUCAUGUGGAUGUCAAACAACCCAAACUAACAGGGUCGAAAUCUCCUCCUGCUAAAAAACCUUCCAGGAUAUCUACACAGGGGAGGUUUUGACUGUCUCCACGCCGCUGUAGAGGCUUUCUCCUGCCGGUUGCUAGGAGUGAUGGCGGACGGGGAAAGGUCGCCGUUGCUGUCCGAGCAACACGACGGGACGAAUGGCUUCUCUCCUGGAGGAAGCUCGUAUGGAUAUCCAUCAAAACCUCAAAGUUUGGCGCCGUUGCCCAGCGCGGUGGUGCCUGGCGAAGCUCCGCCCCCCUACUCGCCACAGGGCAGCCCGGACAGCAGCAGCGCUCCGGUCAUCAGCUGCCGGGUCUGUCAGAGCGCCAUAUCGGUGGAGGGCAAAACACACCAACACGUGGUGAAGUGCAGCAUCUGCAACGAAGCUACGCCGAUAAAGAACGCUCCCGUCGGGAAAAAGUACGUCCGCUGUCCUUGCAACUGCCUUCUGAUCUGCAAAGUCACGUCGCAGAGGAUCGCCUGUCCAAGACCGUACUGUAAACGCAUCAUCAACUUGGGACCAGUCCACAUUGGCAGGGACAGUCCUGAACCGCAGCAUCAGCCCGUCGGCAUCAGAGUCAUCUGUGGACACUGCUCCAACACGUUCCUGUGGACAGAGUUUUCAGACCGAACUUUGGCGAGAUGUCCACACUGCCGAAAAGUCUCAUCUAUUGGUCGACGGUACCCCAGGAGGAGGAGCCUGCUGUGCUUCCUGCUCUUCGUUGUGCUCGCCGCCUCCACUGCAGGACUUAUGGUCGGUACAUGGGCGCCCGCCGAGAGCUCUAAAGGGAUCUACGUGUCUUGGGUGCUGCUGAUCGUGCUCGCUCUGUUCGCCAUGAUGAGAACCAUCUACUGGAGGUGUCUGAAAAUCAGCGAGCCCAUAUCCAACGUCACGUAGAGGGACGCAAGAAGAGGAAUACAAGGGAGGAAUGAAAGAAUGAAGGAAGGUUAGAAAGUUGGUUGAUAUGAAGAGAAGGAUGUGAGAAGGAGUAAAGAGAAGGAGGAAGAAAGAAAGAAGAAAAAGGCGUGUUUAGGAUAUUUAAAAUUAACUCUACAUUCAAAUUGGAUUUAAUGACAUGUGGAAAGCAGGACUCCAUUUACCAAUUUAUUACAGAUUGUGGAUGAUUGUUACAAUUGUACAAAGAGGUUGAACAGAUGAUAUAUUGGAGAGAGAGAAAAAAGAGAGUUCACGCAAAUAUAUUCAUUGUUAAAUGUGGAUGGAAAUUCAGGAAGGUUUUUGUUAGUGUUUUUAAGUUAUUUAAUCAAACCAAAAUAGGGGGAAAACAUGAAUUAAUCAUAAUCAAACUAAGCAAAUUGGAAGAAGGAAGCAAGAUGAGUUUAUUUUUGUUACUUUUUAAAUUGAGAUUCAGUAGCUCUGUGUUUUUGUGUGUGUGUCUUUGGUCUCUGUACAUUUUUUGGGUCCAGUUGCAAGAGUUUUGUUUUGUUUUUUGUUCCAGACUGAAAAAAAACCCCAUUACCGAAUCCCAAAUUACUGCUUUUAAAAUUAUUCAAACUUUUUUUU